GUCGACCUUAAUCAGACUUUGAUUUCGAGGGUUAAGCAUCCUGCCCAUCAUAUAAAAUCUCGGCCAGUUCUCUUAUCUAUCAUUCCCCUUUGUCUUUCUUUCCAGUCUUGAGAUCAUGUCCGAGGACUGCUUUCUGAUUUUCUGCAUCUGCUUUGAUUUAUUGUCCUGUUGCAGCCCUUUCUGUGAGGAUAGCUGUCCGUGGAUCAUAGGCUCGUGUGUGUCAAAGCAGCACGGUGGUGGAUGCAUGUACUCAGCUCCCGCGAUAUUUCUUGACACUAAUCAAUUGCAGCAGGCCGUGGCUCUCGACAAAAAGCGAUACCACAGCAGCAGCAGCCUCUUCCCAUGAAUUUGAUGACGUCCCGGCGCACCUCGAGUGAGGCUCAAGAAAGUCAGCCUCUGACGAAAGCAGACAGGGACGCAUCUUGUGUCAUGUAGACAUGUGAACAUGUAUUCGAAAUAACCUGGAUGUCAAAUGCGAACAAACGAAGCAUGUCUAGCGUUUCAUGA